UUAAAGAGGUGGGGUUUCAAAUGUCUCCGGAAGGUGGUGAGUGACUCCGCUGUCCUGGCGUCGUGAGGGAGCUUGUUCCACCAUUGGGGUGCCAGAGCAGCGAACAGUUUUGACUGGGCUGAGCGGGAACUGUGCUUCAGCAGAGGUAGGGGAGCCAGCAGGCCAGAGGUGGAUGAACGCAAUGCCCUCGUUUGGGUGUAGGGACUGAUCAGAGCCUGAAGGUACGGAGGUGCCGUUCCCCUCACAGCUCCGUAGGCAAGCACCAUUGUCUUGUAGCAGAUGCGAGCUUCAACUGGAAGCCAGUGUAGUGUGCGGAGGAGCAGGGUGACGUGAGAGAACUUGGGAAGGUUGAACACCAGACGGGCUGCGGCAUUCUGGAUGAGUUGUAGGGGUUUAAUGGCACAGGCAGGGAGCCCAGCCAACAGCGAGUUGUAGGGGUUAGGGUUAGGGUUAGGGUUAGGGUUAGGGUUAGGCAGAUUAUUGACAAAUCACUAGUAGGAGAAACUAGUACUGGAACCAUACGUGUUGCGUUCCAUACGUGUUGCGUUCCAUACGUGUUGCGUUCCAUACGUGUUGCGUCCAUACAUGUUGACAUGUUCAUCAUUCAUCUUCUGUAAUCUUGUGGUUCUUUCUGUAAUCUGUUAUCACUAUACUAUAUCUGUAUACUGCCUGUAUUCAUUCGAUAUCUGAAUUCUGCGUGUAUUAGUAUAUCUGUAUCUGCGUGUAUUCACUAUGGUAAUCUGCCGUGUAUUCAGCAUCUGUAAUCUCGUGUAUUCAGCUAUUCGUAAUCUGCCGUGUAUUCAGCUAUAUUUAAUGCCGUAUUCAGCUAUAUCGUAAUCUGCCGUGUAUCAGCUAUAUCUGUAAUCUGCCGUGUAUUCAGCUAUAUCUGUAAUCUGCCGUGUAUUCAGCUAUAUCUGUAAUCUGCCGUGUAUUCAGCUAUAUCUGUAAUCUACCGUGUAUUCAGCUAUAUCUGUAAUGAUGAUGUUGUGUUAUGCUGUCUAUCCAGGUGAAGGUGGAUAAUCUGAGUGACUUCCAGGACAUAGCCAGUGUCGUAGCCAUCACUCAGACAUACACCACCACAGAACCCUUCAUAGAUGCCAAGUACAACAUCAGGGUCCAGCGGAUUGGCAGCGACUAUAAGGCUUACAUGUAAGUGUCUGUCCCUGUGUGUGGGUGUGUAGGUGUGUAGGUGUGUGUGGGUGUGUAGGUGUGUGUGUGUGUGUAGGUGUGUAGGUAGGUGUGUGUGUGUGUGUGUGGGGGGGGGGGGGGGGGGGUGUAGCUCAGAAAUCUAAUUUUAUUUGUCACAUGCGUCGUAAACAACAGGUCUAGACUAAUAAUAAUAAUAUAAUAAUAUGCCAUUUAGCAGACGCUUUUAUCCAAAGCGACUUACAGUCAUGCGUGCACACAUUUUUUUUUUUUGUGUAUGGGUGUUCCCGGGGAUCGAACACACUACCUGGGCGUUACAAGCGCCGUGCUCUACCAGCUGAGCUACAGAGGACCACAACAGUGAAAUGCUAACAGUGAAAUGCUAACUUACAGGCCCUUACAGGCCCUUCCCAACAGGUCUAGACUUACAGGCCCUUCCCAACAGGUCUAG